AUGAAUGUUUUUAUGUUUUUGCAAAGUUGUCUUUUAUUUUUUUACUUGAUUCGAAUAAUUGUUGCUAAGAAUCAACAUGAUAGAACUUUGGUACCAUAUAAGCCAUUAUAUGGUGUACCAAUUAAAUGUACAGGAAAUUCUGAUCCUCAAACGACCGAAGAAAAAUAUCAAGCCUGUCAAUUGAAGGCGAUUGGAAAAUGGAAAAUAAAACUACAACAUUAUUACACUGAAAGUUGGAAUUUUUGCUGUUUCGUAUAUGAUGUUUUGGAAUGCGAAACAAAAGUUUUGUCUGAAUGUGAUGAAGACUAUUCCGAUCGUAAUGACAAAGAAACAAGGCUAUUGUUUGAUAAAUCAUGUCAACCAAUCAUAGCAAACAAUCCUUGUGGCAAGAGUGGAGGAGGAGGUAAAGAUUGGAUAUGGAAAGGAUUAGGAAUUGCUGCAGGAGUCGGACUAUUCUUGUAUUUGUUAUACGAAUGUAUUCAAUUUUGGAGAAAGGAGUAUAACACCGAAUUGAAAGCACUGGAAGCUUAUAAGGAAGAGAAAUUUCAAAAAUACUAUGAAAAAGAAUUCGUUCGUGCUGUUUAUGACAAUGAAGUUGAUAAUCUCAAUAAACAACGGCUCACAAACGUUUCUGUACAAAAAAAUGAGAAUGGAGAACCGAUCGAAAAACAAGAUAAUGUAAAACUAUCGAAAAAAGAUUUGAAAAAAAUUGAAAAAAAAGUCAGAACACUAAUUGAAGCAAAGUCGAAAAAUGAUCCGACUUUCCUUGAUGAUUUCAUUCAAGAUUCAACAAAAUAUUAUGAAAAACCAACCGGUGUUUUAGCAAAAAGUAAAAAAUUUUUCACAAGGUUAUGGCAGGAAAAGAAAGUGAAUAAUGAAGAACUAAUGAAAAAAGAAGAAUUGAUUCGAUCGCAAGCUCGUCGACAGUUUGAAAAUAUUCAUAAUGUUGAUCAAUCUCAAUCAACAAAACCGGGAAAGUUGAAAAGUUUGAUAGUAACAGAAGACGAAAACACCGAUUCACUUUUGGCAAAAAUGCUCAACAUUUUAAAUCAAGAACAAGUCGCUGUCCAUGAAACUAUGAGAACUACAGACUUUCCUGAGCCCGGAAAGAUUGAUGAACUGGAAAAAUGGACUAAAGAUUUCAAAGACACCAGAAAUAGGAUUCGAAAUGAAAUCAACAAAACGUUUGAAAUGACUUUGGAAAGACCAACAAGUGAAGAUCAAACUGACAAAAUCGAAGAAACUAAAAAUAAAUUAGUAGAUACCAAGUUGAAACAAAUAUCCGAAUCAGUUCAAGAAACAGAUUCAAAUAAACAAUUAAAAGCAUCAAACGAUCAAACAAACAAAAUCACAAAAGCAACAACAAACGAUCAAGUGGCCAAAAUUUCAAAAAGUGAUUCUUUUAAAAAAACCAAAACUAAAGAUAAAUCAGUCAGUAUAGUUGGACAAAUAAAAUCUGAAAUGGAUCAAAAGGUUGAAUUUGAACCAGAAAUUUUUAAAUAUCUUUCAGGAGUGUAUAAUGAAUUAUCUACAAACGAAUGGCUUGCUGACACAAUGCAACAAACAUCUGAUCAAUUAAAAUCUACAUUAACAUCAGCAGGUGAACAAAUGAACGUAUAUCUAAAAAGUUUAUCGGGAAAAUUAUAUGAAAUGUCACCAAAAGAUUGGAUCGGAGACAUUAAACCAUCAUCAUAUAGUAUUGUUGAAAAAUUAAAAAAUAAAUUUAAAACCGGUAAUAAAGAAAUUUCUGAUUUUUUUAAAAAAACUACUGAUAAGGCUUAUGAAAUACUUGCAAGUGAUGAUUCAACUGAAAUGGAAAAACAAAAAACUAGAUCCUAUGUUGGAAAUUUAGAACCAAUAGAAGAAGAAGAAGAACAACCGAAAAGAAUUUCAAAGAAUAAAAAAGAUAAGAAAAAACCAAUUAUAUCAAGUGAUGAUAAAAACAAUAAACAAUCGAUAACGGAAUCAACAGAAAAUCAAACUACUAACAACGAGACUGUAAUUUCGUCAAAAAUCAAAAAUAAACAAACAUCCAUCUUGUUGGAUAAUAUGAUACAAUCAUCAUCAUCAUCAUCGAAACCAAUAGAUGAAAGUAAAUUUGGUAAUAUUAAAUCAAUUGAUAUAUUAAAUGAGGAAAAUAAAGCAGUUAGCACAAAACCAAGCCCUGAAUUAACACAAGAGAUGAUAAAAAUUAAAGCUAUUCCAAAUAUAACCGAAGAAGAAUUGAUUAUAAUGAAAAAAAUAGCUCAAUUACAAGAACUACAUGGACGAAAAAACCUUAUAGAUCUUAUUAGUCGAUUAUUUGAUAAAAAAUUACAAUUAAUAAAUAAUUGGAUUGAAGAUGAAAAAACUAAUCCAAAAUUAACUGGUGAAGCAAGAAUAAAUUAUUUUCAUAAUGGUGAAAUUAAUAGAUUAGCUGCGUUAAAAGAUGUAGAAAAUAUGAAACGUGCAAAACAAAUAAAUUUGGAUAAAAUAGAUAAUGCUGAAAAAUCUUUAGUAUCAGGUUUUGCUUUUAAAGAUGAAAUUUUUAUACAAAAACCAGAUAAAAUAAUAGAAGCAAAUAAAUUGGAUAAAAAUUUAAAAAUAAUGACUGAAUCAGAAUUUAAUAAUAAUGUAUCAAAGGCUUUAGAUAAAUAUGAUGGUUAUUUGAAGGAAGAUUCGAUAAAGUCGUUAAAUGAACAAAAAGAACGAUUGAAACAUACUAAUCUCAAAAACGUUUUUAAGGUGGAAAAAAUUUUGAAUUAUAAAGUAGAAGUGGGUAAAGAAAUAACAAAAAAGUUAAGAGAAAUGAUGAUGGAAAAAAAAGCUAGAACAAAAAGACAAGCAUAUGAUGAUGGAAAAGAAACCCAAUUAAGUGAAGCUGAGAAAAAUGAAACUGAAAAACAGGCAUUGAAAAAAUUGUUAAAGAAAAAAUCAUCAAGUAAAAAUCAAACAUCAUUGAACGGACAAGAUUCAAGUUCAUCAUCAAAUGAUUUUUCAGAUUCGGAUGAAACUCGACAACUGACAAUGUUGAAACAAAAAUCAACCAAUCUUUUCAAACAAACAAUGAUAGAUCAGCAGCCAAUGCAGCAAAAUAUUGAAAUAUCUCAAUCAACCAAUAUUAUAGAUUCGUUGAUGAAACGUAUAAAAAAAACAAUCAAUCGAACAAUUUUAUCCGCAGCAAAAGAAAUACCUAAAAAUCAACAAUUUACCGAUUACACCAAACAAUUUUAAUACAACAAAAAAAAAUUAUUUAAUAAAAUUUUCAUUUUACAACAUUUCAUUUCGUCAACUCAUGAAAUUCAAU